AUGGUACCAUAUGGCGUCGACACGCCACCUCUAUUUGGCGUUCUAGAGAUUGGUGCCUUUGUCGCCAUAUUUUUGUUUGGUGUCGUCGCCCUGCAGGGAUAUAUCUUCUGGCGGAGCGCUGCGGACGAUCGGUGGUGGUUACGAGUCCUUGUUGGAGCUCUUCUGCUUUUCGAGCUCGGCCACACGAUUGCGACCUGUCAUGCGAUCUACUUCUUCACCGUAAUUCAGGCUGGCACAGCCGAGCUGGAAAAGUCGGCCAACUCGUAUUCGCUCGCCAUGACGCCGGUGUUUGAAACCCUGAUUACAGCGGUCGUUCAGGGCUUCUUCACAUAUCGAAUUUUCCUUCUUUCGGGGAGCAAGCUAAUACCAUCCAUUUGUGUUGUGCUCGGGGUAGGGCGGCUUGUCGGAGGCCUCACGAUGGCGGUGGAAGCAUUCAACAACGUCCCUAUGCAACCUGAUGGCUUUUAUUACCAAGACACAUAUGGAUGGAUCAUCACCACUGCAUUGGAUAUUGGUGUUGUUUUGGACGUCUUUAUCACUCUGUCGCUCUGUUUUUAUAUCCGACGCUUAUAUGACCCGGACAACAUGCCGGGCGGCGACAUGCUGUUUGACCGGCUGAUUCUGUGGACGAUUGGCAUGUCGUUUGACUCCCAUAACGGCGAAAUUAAUGACAUCCUUUUCCAGAAACAGGACUAA